CACCAAAAAAGUGCUCAUAAAUUUUGUUUCCAUUCUCCCAUUCCAUCAAUAUUGCCUCCAGCUCCUCCUCUACCAUGCUUUCUUUGGUCAAAAUCCUCUUCUAAGGUAGAAGAAGACACUUUACAAGAUCACUGCAAUUCUUUAAGAUGCAGCUAGAAACCCUAGAGGUGGCAAGAAGUUCUUAACUUUGUCUUAAAACUCAUCUGGGUGUUUAUCAAGCUAGUCAACGUACUACUCAUGUCAAUGCUAGAAACCGAGAUGCACUUUAUUGAAGGUUCUGAACCUCAUUAAAGAAAUGGUGCAGAGAGAGAAGGAUACUUUUGUCAUUGCAAGAAGAAAAAAGGAAUACGGUUGUUUUGCUAGCAAAUGGGGAAUUAGCACGUCAACCACCUUCUAUACAAAUUGGGAAUUAUUUAGUCAGGGGGACAUACAACACCAAAGAGUGUGUAUAUAUAUAGAAAGGUUAGGUUAGAAUUAAGGAAGGCAGCCCCAUUCUUAAGAAAAAGGUUGGAUUUGAGGAAGGCAGCCAUUUUUCUUAAGGAGAAAAGAAGAAGUUGGGAACAAACAAACAUGGGAAGGCCUCCUUGUUGUGAUGAGAAUGGCCUCAAGAAAGGCCCUUGGACAUCUGAAGAAGAUCAAAAGCUUGUCAAAUACAUCCAAAAACAUGGCCAUGGAAGCUGGAGAGCUCUUCCCAAACUUGCAGGGCUUAACAGAUGUGGGAAGAGUUGCAGGUUAAGAUGGACAAAUUACUUAAGGCCAGAUAUCAAGAGAGGGAAAUUUUCCCAAGAUGAAGAACAAACAAUUCUGAAUCUUCAUGCUGUUCUUGGAAACAAAUGGUCAGCAAUUGCAGGCCACCUACCUGGUCGGACUGACAAUGAAAUCAAGAACUUCUGGAAUACCCAUUUGAAGAAAAAGCUUAUUCAAAUGGGAUUUGACCCCAUGACACACCGGCCUCGAACUGAUAUCUUCUCGAGCUUGCCUCAUCUUAUAGCUCUGGCUAAUUUGAAAGAGCUUGUGGAUCACCACUCAUGGGAAGAACAGGCUGUGAGACUACAAGCAGAGGCUAUUCAAAUGGCUAGGGUUCAAUACCUACAAUAUCUUCUCCAACCCCUAGCUUCUAAUGGAGCUACCAACAACAACUUAAACAGUAGUUUCAUGGACAUGGACAGUACUCUUAGUCUUUUGAAUUCACUUUCUUCCAUGAAAGAUAACUUAGCUUUGAGUUCACCUCAUCAAUUGGAUACCCCAACACAAUCUCUUGGAACUUCCACACUUCAAUCAGUCCCUGAUUCAAUCCUUUUCUCUCAUUUGCCCCAGUUGGAAAACCCUUGCACCUAUCAAACACCAUUAAACAAGGACAAUAUGGUUCAAGCAAAUGAGUUUACGGCAUUUAGCCAAGGCGAAAACUCUCCCAAUUCUCCAUGGCUUGCUUCAUCUUCAAGUACUCCAUCUCCUUCCGUGGCUCCACCCGCAGAGACUAAUUCCAUCGAUGCUUGCAGUACUUCAAGCUAUGAAGGAGCCCCUUUUGCUUGGCCUGACCUACUCCUCGAGGACCCUCUAUUCCAUGAGCUUUCUUAGUCUUAGAUGUGUGUGAAAGGUUUGUAGUUGCACUUGCACCACCACUUUAUACUCUGUGUGUAAUAGUAAUUCUCCUAAGCGUAUUAUACUCUUCGUCGUGUGUAUAAUCUUCGUCAUGAUACGCCAGCUGUUUCUAGUGGUUGAGUAGUAUUGUAAUCUAUGGAUUUGAAAUCUUAAGAAAUGCUUGAGCUA